AACAAGAAAGUGGUUUGUCUGUACAGAGGCAAGGAGUGCUCUAACAGACCACAGCUACACAAGCAGGAAACCAACCUAAUCAACAACACACAUUUGAGACGAUGCUGAGAGUUGUGGGACAUCUGUUGUGUCUCAUUAUAUGCUGUCUAGGAGCUGAUGGCUUGACUGAGACACUGGUGGAACUUGGACAGAAUACAAUCAUAAACUGUUCUAUUAACAUAGAAAGUGCAUACUGGUACAUACAGCACCAACCACAGCCUCCACUGGCCAUACUCCGCUCGUUCACUAGUAGUAGUCCUGCUGCUUUUUAUUACAAUAAUAAUUAUAGACAGAAAUAUUCAUUAGAAACAGGAAAUAGUUUGUUCAUACAGAAUGUAACAGUAGAUGAUUGUGGCGUGUUCUACUGUGCAAAGAAAGAAGAGGGUAGAUUGAUAUUCAGUAAUGGCACCAGACUCAUGACCGCUGAUGUUUAUGCUGACUAUCCCAAUCAGACAAACCAGACAUCCAGCUAUCCAAACCAGACAUCCAGCUAUCCAAACCAGACAUCCAGCUAUCCAAACCAGACAUCCAGCUAUCCAAACCAGACAUCCAGCUAUCCAAACCAGACAUCCAGCUAUCCAAACCAGACCUCCAACUGCAGGUCAUCAUGGGAGAACUGUCUUCUGUCCAUUUACAGUGUUCUGAAUGUUAUUCUGAUGGUUAUGAUCCUGGUGCUAAUCUUGACCUUGCCAUGUCAGAACAGGAACUCUCCUUCAAAACUAACACCAAGACGCCGAAUAGACCAGAGGUGCUGGUUACCGGUUUGUGUGAUCCUGUUGAUUGGACCCCAAGUCUCUUCGCAGGUCAACGUUGAAGGCUUCAAGGGAGAUAAUGUUAUCUUGCCUUGCACAUACAUUGAGAAGGCGCUUAAAAAUGUAAACAUUUUUUGGGAAACCGCAGAUGAUGUGAAUGUCUACAGUAUUAUUGAUGGAAAAGCAGAUUUGGCCAAGCAAAACUCUCUGUUCAUCAACAGAACCAGUAUGUUCUCUGAUGAGUGGACAAAAGGCAACUUUUCUCUCCUACUGACUGACCUCAAUGACUCUGAUAGUGGGAGUUAUUUAUGUUUCAUACCAACAGAGGACGUUCUUUGUCAAGUGGAACUUUCUGUUCAAGAGAAACCAACUCCUGAGCCUACAAAUAGCAGCAGCGUGAGCCUCAGAGGACAGAACCUCAGCCCCUUCCUGUUUCUCCUCCUCAGUCAAAUGCUCUACCUUCUUUGACCCACAGCAUAGAAAAAGGUCAUUGUGCCAUUUUAUGUGGCUUUGUUUUGCAACUUCUGUGUGUUCAAUCGUCUGAAAUAUCUUUUCUCUCUAUAUGUAUGAAAUAUGAAACUGCAAAUAUAGGCUACCACUUGCUAGAACUCUUUAUAGAUGUGAUGAGUAAAUGCAUAACACUUUUUUAAACCUGGGUAAUCUGUGAAAUCAAAAUAGGAAAUACAUUUUAAAUAGGAUUGAAAUAGGGUUGAAAUAGUGUUGAAAUAGGGUUGAAAUAAGAUUGAAAUAGGGUUGAAAUGGGAUUGAAAUAGGGUUGAAAUGGGAUUGAAAUAGGGUUGAAAUAGGGUUGAAAUAGGGUUGAAAUAGGGUUGAAAUAAGAUUGAAAUAGGGUUGAAAUAGGAUUGUGUAGUGUGUCGCUCCUGUCAAUACAGCUUCAAUUACAAGGCUAUUAAAGUAUUACACAGCCAAUUGACAGUCAUUUUGGUGAGAACUUGAGAUUGAACACAAUCGUGUGGUGUUUUUUGUUGUUUCAAUUAGCUUUUUCUUUUACUAAGACAUUUUCUUUAAGUUAAAGUAAACGUUCACUUCCUCAAUAUUCUGGAAUAAAGUCUGUUGCUAUUCCUUUUUGCAAA